AAUCGAGGGAUGUGUGCGGACUGGUUUUUCUGACAGACCGUCAGAAGAUCUUCUCUGUGGAUGUGGACGAAGCGGCCGGCGUCGGCUGUACUCCGCGGGGACCAUGAGGCACCUGUCCUCCAUCACGCUGUGUCUGAUUGGCUGCUUGAUCACAGGCAGAGCUCUUGACAUCUCAGACGUGACUCUGAUUAAUCCGGACCCGGUCGUGUCCUCGGUGAACUUGCCAUCUCUCCGGUGUGUGAGCAGUGACUGGACCGUUUCUGGCACCGGAUCGCUGAGUUUGGGCCACGAGUAUCCUGAUCAGGAAGCUCAUGUCCUGAGCACUGAACCGGACAGAAGCCACCACUCUGCCGCUAAAAUCACCUGGAUGUCCCGCAAUCACACCUUUGGAGCUUUUUACUGCCAGCUCAAAAACUCUAGCAGGAGUAAAAUCUACACCUACAAGAUGCUCCAUGAAGCUGCUUUCCUCCCUGAAUCUCUGACAAUCACUGUUAAUGAAGGCGAAGACGUUAACAUCUCUUACUCGAGAAAGACAUAUUUACCAGAGGAUACAGUCAUCUAUAAAAACGGAAAUUUUGAACACUCGUCACCCAAAGAGGACAUCAUGGAUGUAAUUAAUUACCCAAUAAUCAAUGCAAAAGCCCAAAGUCAUGCUGGUAUAUAUGCGAUCCGUUACAUUUCUGAAGCUCCAUUCAGCUCAGCAAUAACCCGACUGAUCGUCAGGAGUUGUAAGGCUGGUUUAUGGGGAGCAGAUUGCAUGAAAUCGUGUCUGUCCUGUGCUAACGGAGGCGUGUGUGAUGAUGUGACGGGUGAAUGCAUCUGCCCUCCGGGGUUUAAAGGGCCCACCUGUGAAACAGUGUGCGGUGAGGGCCGCUUCGGCCGGAGCUGUAAGGAGCGCUGUGUGGAUGGAGUCUGUCGUUCUCUGCUCUUCUGUCUCAGAGACCCGUACGGCUGCUCCUGCGCGUCUGGAUGGAGGGGCUUUAACUGCAGCGAGGCCUGUCCGGCCGGUUAUUAUGGCGCCGACUGUAAACAGAAGUGUGAGUGUGAACAGAGCAAAUGCAGUCGCUUCAGAGGAUGUGUGUGUGAAGGCAGGCACGGAGCUCGCUGUCAGAAACCAGACACGAGACCUGUUAUCGUGAGCAGUCUGAGAGACAUCGAGCUCAACUCAGGCAUCACAUACACAGUCAACUGCUCUGCGUCAGGCCAGCCCGCUCCUUUACACGGGGAAAUAACCCUGGUCAAACCGGACAAAACCACUGUCUAUGCAGUGGACACACAGACGGAAAAUGAUCAAACGACGUCAGCAUUCAGGGUGGAGAAGAUCACUGUGUCGGCGGCUGGACGCUGGUCGUGUCAAGUGAAAACCAAACACUAUCAGGAGGAGAAAGAAUUCAUUGUGAAUGUCAAAGUUCCUCCGCAGCCCCAGAAUCCUCCGCUCUUGAAUGACAGCGGCCCGCAUCACCUGCUGCUGCUGCUCAAUAAAGAGCCCUACGCCGGAGACGGGCCUGUCACCUCAGUCAAGCUCAUCUACAAACAGAACAGCUCAUCUACAUGGAGAAGCAUUGAGGCGAGCGGCUCUCUGGUGCGGUUGGACAACCUUUCUCCCAUGACCCAAUACACCGCACAGGUGCAGCUGAGUCGCCACGGACUGGGAGGAACCGGCCAGCCUGGACCCGAAGCCAUUUUCUCCACACAGAUGCUCGAGGUCCCUGUGGGUGUGAAGCUGAGCCCCAUCAGUCAGACCGUGCUGCUCCUGUCAUGGGACGCCGCUCCUGCUGAGGAGGACUGGAGUUACGAGGUCACGUGUCAGCAGGUCGGAGCUUCGGGAACCGAGAGGAGAUUCCAGCUCGCGUCGAACUCCUCCGACCUCCAUCUGAACGAGCUGAAACCCAGACACAAAUACCAGUGCAACGUGAUGACGAGCAGCAGUGCCGCGGGACAGGCCUGCCCCACCGUCAGCGCCUGGACACUGAGCGACCAGCUUCCUCCUCCUCCUGCCAACAUCUCCACCUGUAACAUCAGCGACUCCUCAGCCGUCAUCACCUGGUUGGUGGCCGAGGGUCACUCCAUCUCCAGAGCCAUGAUCCGCUACCAGCAGACGGACUACAGUCAGCAGGUGGAGCUCGGCGUGCAGGACCAGACCAACAUGCACUUCCAGCUCAGGGGUCUGAGGGAGGACACCACCUACCAGCUGGAGCUCUGGAGCGUCAACAACAUGGGAGAGAGUGUGGAGAGACCGCAGAUCACCCUCAAGACACUGAUGCCACAGGAGAGCUCACAGCUGCACAGGUUCCAGGCUCACGGUAACAUGCUGUUCUACGCGAUCCUGGGCUCCGCCGGCAUGACGUGCAUCACUAUCCUGCUGGCCUUCUGCAUCGUCCUGCAGCUCAAGAGAGCCACUUUCCAGAGACACAUGGUGCAGGCCUUCCACAACAUAGUGAGAGAGGAGCCUGUGGUCCAGUUUAGCUCCAUGCCGCUGAACGUGCCCAAAAAAGUUCCCAGUUCCAGCCAAUCUGUGGCCUAUCCCACCCUGGAGUGGAGCGACAUUAAGUUCCAGGAUGUGAUCGGAGAGGGAAACUUUGGGCAGGUGCUGAAAGCCCGCAUUAAGAAAGAUGGCCUGAGGAUGGACGCGGCCAUCAAGAGAAUGAAAGAAUAUGCCUCUAAGGACGACCACAGAGACUUUGCCGGGGAACUCGAGGUCUUGUGUAAACUGGGUCAUCAUCCGAACAUCAUUAACCUUCUGGGAGCGUGUGAACACAGAGGAUACCUGUAUUUGGCCAUUGAAUAUGCUCCUCACGGAAACCUGCUGGACUUUCUGCGUAAGAGCCGCGUUUUAGAGACGGACCCUGCCUUUGCCAUCGCUAACAGCACCGCAUCCACGCUCUCCUCGCAGCAGUUACUGCACUUUGCUGCAGAUGUGGCGCAUGGCAUGGACUACCUGAGCCAGAAACAGUUUAUCCACAGAGAUCUAGCAGCCAGAAACAUCCUGGUGGGAGAAAACUUUGUGGCAAAGAUUGCUGAUUUCGGCCUGUCCCGAGGUCAGGAGGUUUACGUGAAGAAGACUAUGGGGCAUCUGCCAGUGAGAUGGAUGGCCAUCGAAUCUCUCAACUACAGCGUUUACACCACCAACAGUGAUGUGUGGAACACCGUAUUGCGGUAUGACGUGCGCGCAGCUGUACGAGAAACUCCCGCAGGGCUAUCGGCUGGAGAAGCCGCUCAACUGUGACGACGAGGUGUAAGUCUCAAACACCUGUGUCCAUCUGCGGAUGAUAGAGUGGAGAUGAGUCUGCUUCUCUGUCU